AUGCCCAAAAAGCUGUUAAAAUUUUUAAUAGUGUUUGAUAAUACUUCUUUACUCUAUUUUCCUGGACAAUUCUUAUCAGGAAAAGUGUUGAUGGAAUUACAAGAUGACACUCCUGUAUUGGGAUUACAUUUCCAUGUGAUUGGGGAAGGAGUAGUGAGAGUGGGCUCUGGGAGACAUGAGAGAUUAUUUGACAAAGAAAAUUAUAUUGAUUUUAGAAUGAGGUUGUUGGGGGAACCAGGUCAUAGCGCAUCUAUAUUGUCACCAGGCAUCCACAGUUUUCCAUUUAAAUUAGGUUUGCCAAUGGGCCUCCCUUCCACAUUUCUUGGAACACAUGGCUGGGUACAGUAUUUCUGCAAAGCUGCAUUAAGAGAGCCAAAUGGAUUAACACACAAGAAUCAACAAGUUUUUAUAGUUAUGAAUCCUAUUGAUCUUAAUUUGGAACCUCCUGUUUUGUCACAAGAAUUUGAGUUGGAAGUAGAGCAUAAGCUUGGUGUGGGAUGUGUGGGUGGUGGGUCUGUCCGUUGUCGCGUUUCUUUGGAUCGUGGUGCAUAUAUACCUGGGCAGAGUGUUGUGCUAUCUGCACAUAUUGUUAACAAUUCAAGAACAGCAUUAAGGUGUACAAGAGCAGCGCUCACAGAGACAAUUCAAUACAUAGCCCAUGGCAAGGUGGCAGCGCGUGAGGUCCGCGAAUUGUCUCGUCUGGCGCACGGCAAGACUCGGGCAGGUGAAACAGACCGGUGGCGAGGGGAAUUACUCUAUGUACCACCCCUGCCGCCUACUAAUCUCCGUGGGUGUCAUUUAAUAUCAGUGCAGUAUGACGUCUUUUUUAUUAUUGAGCCGAAAAGUUUAGAAAAAGAAAUCAAACUACAGUUACCCAUAUUGCUGGGCACCUAUCCAUUCCGUGAUGAUGAUGAUGAGGCACAUCCUCCUACUCACUACCCUAGUACUCUCCCCAUUUUUAGACCUUGGCUUAAUGAGAAACAGACAUAA